GUAUUCAGUCUCUUUAGAAACUUCUCCAGGGGAAAAGUGUUGGGAGAUCUACAAAGUGGAUAUUUUUUCCUCUUUUUUUUUCCUUUCCCCCUGAUUUUUUACCGCUCCUCUGCCGACUUUGCAACAAAACACUCCAACUUUGCAGAAAACUUUUUUUUUUUUUACUCUUUUGGUCUUUUUUUUUUUUUCUUUGCAAAUCUUGGAAGAGGAAAGCGGGAGAGUUGAACAGAGCCGAUCGAAACACAACUUUGCUUCAUACCAAGCUUCCCAGCAGCUCGCUGCGUCGGGAGAGACUUUUCCUCCUGCAGAAGAAGAGGGACGGGAGGGGGUCUUUGCAUCCCCUCUUCCUUCUCCUGCGUUUUCUUUUUUUUUUUUUUUUUUUUUUUUCCCUUCUCCUCUUGACUGCUUUGAUGCAUUAUUAGCAGGACACUGGUUUUCAAGGAACUUUGCUCCUUUCCCAACCUGCCUCCUCCCAGCCCUUUGGGAAGAGCGAAUGUGCGCGCGUGAGUGAGCGAGUGUGUGAAAUCGCCGUCCCACCUCCCCAAACACCCCUGCUCCCCCACGCCUCCCCCUGCAACCUGUAGGCUGUGCAACCCCUGCAGGCUUCGCUCCCUUUCCCCCCUCCUUCCCUCCCUCUUUUUUGCGCUCCCGCGGAUCGCGGUGCGAAUUCCCCCUUCCGAGGCGAGAAAAAGCUGAAAGGAGAAACGGUGGGGAGGAAAAAAAAGACAAAAAAAGGAAAUCUAGACGUCCCCCCUCUCCUAGCGCCAAAAGAAAAGCAGGAAGGUCUCGCACCCCGAGAAUAACCCCCAGAGUGGGGCGCCUGCAAGCAGGGGCUGCGCUUUCCUUUUUGAAUUUUAUUUUUUAAAAUUCUUUAAUUUUUUUCUUUGAAUUUUUUCCUUUUUUUUUUCUUUUUUUUUCUCUUUUUUUUGGCCCUCGAAGGGGCAAGCGGAAAGCCAGCGCCGCCCGCUGCCGGCAGCCCCCCGCGCCCCGUCCCGCAGCAUCCCCGCCGCGAUGCUGCUGCGGCUCCUGGUGCUGCUGGGCGCCUGCCCGGGGCUGUCGCGGUGCCUGGGCUCCUUCGUGCAGUGCGAGCCCUGCGAUGCCAAGGCGCUGUCGCUCUGCCCGCCGUCGCCGCUGGGCUGCGAGCUGGUGAAGGAGCCGGGCUGCGGCUGCUGCCUCACCUGCGCCCUGCCCGCCGGGCAGCCCUGCGGCGUCUACACGGAGCGCUGCGCCCGCGGGCUGCGCUGCCUGCCGCGCCAGGGCGAGGAGAAGCCGCUGCACGCCCUGCUCCACGGCACCGCCGUCUGCCUCAGCGAGAAGAGCUACCGCGAGCAAGCCAAGGCCGAGCGGGAGUCCCGGGAGCACGAGGAGCCGACCACCUCGGAGAUGACGGAGGAGACCUACCCGCCCAAGGCCUACCGGCCCAAGCACGGGCGCCUCUCUGAGCUCAAGGCUGAAGCCCUGAAGAAGGACCGCCGGAAGAAGCUGACCCUGGCGAAGUUUGUGGGCAUGGCUGAGAACACGGCUCACCCUCGCGUGGUCAUCCCCGAGCUCCGGCAGGAGUUUGAGCUGGGCCCGUGCCGCAGGCACAUGGAGGCGUCCCUGCAGGAGCUGAAGAGCAGCCAGCGGAUGGUCCCCCGCGCUGUCCACCUCCCCAACUGUGACCGCAAGGGCUUCUACAAGAGGAAGCAGUGCAAGCCCUCCCGGGGCCGGAAGCGUGGGCUGUGUUGGUGUGUGGACAAGUAUGGCAUGAAGCUGCCGGGGACGGACUUCCUGAGCGGAGACCUGCAGUGCCACGCGUUCGACAGCAGCAAUGUGGAGUGAAGCCACAUCCCCUCCCUCCGCCCCAUCACUAUCUAUCCAGACUCCCUUCCACCCUCCCCUCCACACCUCCCCACGCCCCGGGACUCCGAUUCCUUUCAUCUCAUGUAAGACGAAAAAAGAAAGGAAAAGAAAAAAGAGAAAGGAAGAAAAAUGAAAAAAACAGAAAGGGAAAGAAGGAAAGAAAGAAAGAAGUAAGGAAAGGAAAAGUAAAAAGAGAGAAAAGAAAGAAAAAAGAGAAAAGAAAAAAGAAAAUUAAAAAAGAGAAGAAAAGAGAAAAGAAAGAAGAGAAAAGGAAAAAAGAGAAGAGAGAGAAAUAAACCCUGAAGAAACUGAGGACUCGGAAUCUACAACAGCCUUUUGACAACAAGGACUCAGCAAGGAAAGGAUAGAGCCAGAGACAAACCAGCCAUGGCCACUCUGCCAUCCUGCACCUCUCCCCAACGCUGCCUGCACCCCUCUGCCACAAGCAGAGGUCACCCUGAUGUAGGAAGCUCUCCAAGUUGCUGAUUCUCCAGUACGGGUUUUGGGCAGGUUCAUUUUUAUUUUUAUAUUUUUUUCGUGUUAGCUAGUUGAUUUCUGAAGGGUCUUGAGAGAAAAUCUUGUGGCCACCAGCAUUCCCCUUGCAGUCCUCCAGAGUGUCCUUCCCGUGUUGCUGGGACUCACUUGAGUUGAUUUCCAUUUCAAAUGACUGCCCCCCAAUCCAGGCAGAUUUCAGCAAGGGAGGAGACGUGGGACUGUUCACUUUGUGUCUGGAAAUAAACUGGGGAGGGAAACACAGAUCCUGCAACAGCACAAAUACCCCCAGAAAGUAUCUGUGGACUUCAAAAAAAAAUAUCACAAAAGGAAAUACAGUCUCCCCUGUCCAGUUCAUCUUGAUUAGAAGGUCAGAAAUUUUCUUGGACAAGCAGGACUGACCUUUGUCCAUCCAGGUGUGAAAGUGUUCGUCACCUGCAUGCACUUGUGUGUGCAUUGAUGUGGCUUUCCCUCCUUGCAACGCUUCACCUUGAAAUCUGGAGGUUUCAAUGUAAUAUGCAAUUGGGGGAUAUGCUGCCCCUCCCAAAAACAAAUAAUGACCUGCUGGAUUAAGCACAGAAGCAGAGUUACGGAGGAGAUCGGUGCCUGUGGAAUCAGGGCCUCAUCAACACUGCAGACUGCAUCACUGUUCAGACUGAAGUAUCCCUACAUGGGGACAGGGGAAUCAGGGCCAAAACUCUUCACCACCCUUUGCCACCACAAAGACGACCAACUAUGGAGAUUUUUUAUUGCUUUUUUUACACAGCCGAAAAUGUGGUUUGCUCCAGGGGGAAAAAACCCCCAAACCUCCACUUUGUUUCAUCUUGGUUUUUUGUUAAGGCCGGUUUAUAGUUUUCCCCAUGGGUAGGAAAACGCCAUCCUUUUGCAUUGAGGAUACUGCUCAUGUUGCCACGGCUGAUUCCCACGAUCCUGCAGUAAGAUCCUGAGAUGGGCCCUUGCCUUUAACUGGGGCCCAGCUCCUUGUUGAGUGACAGCAGCCACUGCACCAUGGAGACCCACUGCCUUGGGCAUGCUGGGACAGCCCUCGGCUGCCUUCCUAACUCAUUUCUUGUUCAUAACAUUUACAUUUGAUUUUGGGACUCUCGCCUCUUGCUUAUCCCUGACAAGGGUCUCCACGAUGUUGGUGCUGGGAGGAGAUCCUGCAGCGAAUGGAAGGAAAGAAAGGAAAGGAAGCUGUGGGGUCUGGGUGCUGUGGUGGGGAAACACACCCGCUGGGAACCACAUCCUACUGCCACAGCUGGAGGUGGCAGCCAGCACUGGCCAAAGGACACAGCUGACCUCAGGUGGAAGGCUCCUGAACCCCCAUAUCCCUUCCUGGACCUGGGCAGAGAAAAAUGGAGGUCCACAGCACCACUGGAGCCUCACCAGUGGGGAUGGGACAAGGGGGUGCUGGUGAAGGCUUCUUGCCGUCUCAGGUUGGGAGCCCUCAUAGCCUCUCGUGAGAUGACCUUGUUCCCCUAAGCAUCCCGUGGGCUCCCCACCAGGACGUUACCCUGAUGGAGGGCAGGACUGGACACCUGUGGUUAUUUCCCUCCAAAUGACAGCAGGAGUGAGUUUUGCCUAUGGACUUCCACGGAGACACAGCAGAACACAUUUUGUCCUGGGGACAAAGCACCUUCCCACCUUGAAAAGAAGGAAGUGUGCUUCCAGUGUAGAUGUGCCCCCAAAAAAGCCUGUUGGAGUGGGGUAAUUCCAUGUUGUUGGAGGGGAGCAUGGUGAGGGCUGAGAGAGGGACCCCUCCAGGCUCUGCAGGGCUGAUGGAGCAGGGUUGGUUUAACCAGAGUGGUGGAUUAAUGCUGGGGUGCAAGUGGAGUAAAGAAUGGGGUGAAGAAAGCGGGAGGAAGAGGAGAUUGUGCUAACCCCAAGGGCCACUGGACACCAUUGUUGACACUGUCCGCUUGCUGAUCCCUGUGCAAACCCUCCUGACUGUCAUAGGCCAGUACCACCUUUCCCAGGACCCUUCCUUCCUUCUCUCUUCCUCUUUCUUGCUUUUUUUUUAAUUUGUUUGUUUGGUUUUUUUUGUUUAAUUUCCCAAAACUUGAAAGCCUUUGGCUGCAGAGAAAGGAGAUGUGCCCCCGGGGUGGGAUGGGAAGGGCAUCAGACUCCCAUGGACCUUGCCUUUUGGCCAGGAUGCCCCCAGGUGGUGUCACAAAGAGGCCACCACAGACAGUGGGAAGGGAUACAGGGCAGUGCUCUGUCCUCUCCCUACCAAGCAAGUCUGUGUGGCCCUUGGAGCCCAGAGUACCAAAAUCCAUCCCACACAGCCUCCCUCACCCCUGCACACCCCAUGCGGGGAUGGCAUUGCCUGUCCUGUCCCCAUGAACCUGGGGACAUUUGGGAUGCACCACCCUCACCCCCCAGAUCACCUCGGCUGCCCACUCCCUUAAGGAUCCCCAGCAGGACGAGGCUGUUUACAAGCUGCACUAAUAUUUAGGACCGGGGUUGGAGCCUGGGAUUGAGAGUGACUUCAGGAGGGCUUGGUCACCCUCUGGGGUGGCAGUGAUGAGGUGCUCCCAUUCUCAGCACCCAGCAGCACCCCUCUGCAUUUAGGAUGAGAGAACCAGAAGGGGCAGAUUUGGAAGCUGGGGAGGGUUGAGGCACACCAGGAGAUGCUGGCAAUUUGUGCAUCGGGGGGUCAUGAGGCUCAAGGGUCUCUGGCUACGGUAUUCGUGCUGAGCCCACGUUGGUAUCUAGGAUGGGAGCUGGGAAGGAGAGGACAAGGAUGGCUCAGGACAGCCCUUCCACCACAUCUGCCCAGGGAGCGGCGCUCAGUGGCUGGGCUACCCCUUGUCUGUACUGCAGUGGACUUCGAAAACCACUAGUACAAGAGCAUUUUGCACUAUUUCUCCGCUCUCUCCCCCCUUCCCCUUUUCUCCACCUUCCCCAUGAAAAUUCUUUGCUGUUGGUUUAGUUUUCUUUUUUUUUUUUUGUUUUGUUUUGUUGUCGUUGAUUUUUUUUCCCCCCAAAUGGAGCAUUGUAUAUUUAAAGAACUGUCAGUUCACCUCGCUUCCAGACCGCUGUCCUGGCCCUGGCCAGGAUCCCUGCCUGCUGUGGCCCCCUCCCCAGCCCCGCCAGCCACCGCCACUGCCACCGGGACAGACGUCACCACGCACGUUACCCACCGUUGUAACACAGUUGUUAAAACACACCAGAUUCCGAGUUUCCUGCCUGGUUUUUAUCUUUAAGCAAUACUCACUACACAUUUUACGGUAGCUUUUUAUAGCUUUACAUACAUACGGUAGCUCUGUUGUUUCGUUUUGGUUUUGUUGUUUUGUUGUUUUUUUUUUUUCCAGUAAACAAGAAAUACUCAUAAUCUUACUGGUGGGAAAAAAAAAGCAGUUUGUGAAAAACUGACAAUGGAAGAAGAGCUUAAUGCUCUGUUUAGCAUUUUGUACUUAAAAAAAAAAAAAUCUCACAUUUUAUUAAAAAGUGAAGAUUGCUGUAUACUAUUUAUUCAACUUAUAAUUUAUGUUACUCUUUGAUCUUUGUCUUUUCUCAUGACAAAGCAUUUAUUUAAUAAAGUUAUGCAUUCAGUUA